AUGGCGCGGGACACGUUUUCUACGGCCUCGUCGCCGCUGAAAUCUCCCUCCUUGCUCGCUGCUGCAGCAUUCAUCAUCACAUCUCUCCCCAUGGCUCUCGGUCACGAACACGGCGUCAGCCACAUCCAGGAGGGCGAGACCAUCUCGCAGGAACCUAUAGACACUAUACUAUGGAUACACAUCUUCAUCAUGAUGCUGGCCUUCGGGGUCAUCUUCCCCGUCGGCAUGGUGCUGGGAAUGACGAAGAACCGCUGGCACGUUCCGACUCAAGUCCUCGGAUCCGCUCUCGCCAUUCUCGGCUACUUCCUCGGCCACAUGCAUGGCGGUCGACAGUUCCUCCCUCAUAACGUUCACUCCUCUUUUGCCACCUGGCUCAUGAUCAUUAUGGCUACCCAGGUCGGUUUGGGUAUCUACCUGAGGCUGCAUCUUGAGAAGGGCAUCAACGGUCGCAUCCGCCGAUUCAUCAAACCCGCCCACAGCAUCUUGGGCAAGGCCUCCCCCGUUCUGGCUUGGACGCAGUUCUUGUUUGGAGGCAUUACCUCCUUGGGCUUCUGUCAAGCCGACCACUUCGGUCAAUGCCUGGCGCAUUUCAUCAUGGGCAGCGCUUUCAUCGCUUACGGAAUCAUCUUGACCCUGCUGCUGCUCGUCGGACAACUCUGGAUUCGUCGCAGCGGCAGGUCGCAGGAGUUCUUCGACAGCAUUGUUAUCGCGGCAUGGGGCUGCGUCAACACCUUCACUGAGCACCGAUGGGGCACGGCAUGGGUCAGGAACGAUUGGCAGCACACCACUAUGGGUAUCAUCUGGUGGUGCGCCGGUCUGGUUGGUAUCUGGCUCAGCCGCGACCGCGACGGCAACCCCAAGCGUAACUUCAUCCCCGGCUUUGUCAUCGGCGUCACUGGUUGGGCCAUGUCUGCGCACCCUCAGGACCUUCCCAUCAGCGCCAUGACCCACAACAUGUUCGGCAAGACCCUGAUGGGAGUUGGUAUCACUCGUGUCAUUGAGGUGGCCUUUGUCGUUAAGGACGCCACGGGAGUUUCGGCUGAUGGGCGCCAGACAAACAGCUGGCAGUUCAUUCCUGUUUUCCUUCUGUACGCGUCUGGAUUCCUCUUCAUGGGUGCCACCGAGGAGCAGAUGGCUCUUGUCGCCAACUCUGGCCUCGACCACGUCUCUUACAUUCUUAUUCUGUACUCCUUCGCGUUCCUGCUCUUCCUCUUCACCAUGAUGCUCAUCCACCUCUUCGACCGAAACGCCAACACGGACGGCAAAGUCGCCUUGGCCAACGGCGCACCGGUGCCCAACGGCCGUCCUGGAGAAAACCGUCAGGUGCGCGACGCCGAGGAGUUCGAACUCGAGGGGCUCAUGAGCGAUGACGAGGACGAGGCGCGCAAGGGCCUCAGGGAGGACACCGACGACGACCAAGUUCUGGGAAGUCCGAGCAGUCCCAGCACGAUCGGCAAGAACAGCGACCGAGUAGCGCGGUGA